AUGGUGUCGCCUUUUAGCAUGGACAAUCCAGACCUCACUGAGUGUGACAUGCGUUGGGUCGGUCGGCAUGUCCGUAACAUGAACGUCGUGAACGGUACCUUCUACCCUGGAAUCAUACAAGACUAUGAACUUUACGGCAUCGCCAAUCCAUUCAACCCGGACUAUUGGGUCUCAUUCAACGUCUCGAACGAGACUACAACAUUCUCCGGUAACACGACUUUCAGCGUUGGUCCAGUCGACAACGAGGGAAUGAUGACGUUUCUCUCCGGUAUAUUUUCCUCUACAAUCAAGGACGCGUACGGUCUUGCCUUGCAAAACUCUACAAAUCUCACACAGACUGUGCAAGCUAUUAGCACUUCAAUGACGUACGCCUUCGGCCAGGGGCCUAGCAGUAUCAACCUCCCUGGUAGAACAAUCACGACGGAGCAAUACAUAAAAGUCCACUGGGCCUGGAUAAGCGUACCAGUUGUUGAAGUCAUCAUGGGCAUUGCGUUCUUCGUAGCUACGCUCGUACAUACAUGGAGGAGGGGCGUAGUGGCCUGGAAGAGUUCUGCCAUCGUACCGUUGUUCACGCACAUGGAAGGAUGGCAUCCCGAAGAAAGUCGAAUGGGCAGCGCAAGAGAGGUAGAGAAGAGGGCUAGGGAGAUGAGAGGACUGCUAGAGAAGGAUGAAGACGGUGGUCAGAGAUUUAGACGCAUGGAUGCAUGA